UCUCCCGUUCCUCUCCAAAGAGGAGCGCUUCACCAAAACGCAGCCCGGGCAGCGUUACGCAUGCCAACGUGACAUCACAGGAACGACGCUGUCCGCGAAGCCACUGUGGACGGUGAGCUCGCUUCUUUUAGAGUAUGUAUAUGCUGGCCAACAGAUCUAUAUGACGGGAAUACGGUUUCAGGAUAUCUCUUUUUGCAGGCUGGCUGGCCCUCUUUUUGAACUGGAGGAUUUUACGCGCAGCCAUGCUUUAAUACACGCAACGCAGCGCGCACAGUUUGGCUUGUUUUGGAAAACUUAAGAAGGUGCAAAAUAACAAAGAUGAUACGAACGGACUAUUUGCAACCAAAAUGGAUUCGACCCAGUUAAAUAUCACGGUGGAAAACGUUUCCAGUGAUGAAAACAGCACCGACGCACCGCUGGCGUUAUUGCCGCACAGCGAGGCGGCCACUGCGCUCAUCGUCCUGGUGGUUACCGUCAUUAUUUCGGUGACCAUUGUCGGCAACGUGUUGGUGAUCGUGGCGGUGCUCACCAGCCGCGCUCUCCGUGCGCCCCAGAACCUGUUCCUCGUCUCCCUGGCAUCGGCGGACAUCCUGGUGGCCACUUUAGUGAUCCCGUUCUCUCUCGUCAAUGAAGUCAUGGGUUACUGGUACUUUGGAAGUACUUGGUGCGCCUUUUAUCUCGCUCUGGACGUGUUGUUCUGCACCUCGUCCAUCGUGCACCUGUGCGCCAUCAGCCUGGAUCGCUACUGGUCGGUCACCAAGGCGGUCAGCUACAACCUGAAGCGCACGCCGAAGCGCAUCAAGUCCAUGAUCGCCGUGGUGUGGAUCAUCUCCGCUAUCAUCUCCUUCCCUCCUCUCCUCAUGACCAAACACGAUGAGAGGGAAUGCCUGCUAACCGACGAGACCUGGUACAUCCUCUCAUCCUGCCUGGCGUCCUUCUUCGCCCCGGGUCUCAUCAUGAUUCUGGUUUACUGUAAGAUAUACAAAGUCGCCAAGCAGCGCUCCUCCACCGUGUUCGUGGCCAAAAACGGCCUGGAGAGGCAAGCGUCCCAGUCAGAGACUUGUUUUGUCCGGAAGGACCGCUUCGAGGCGGAGAGUCCCAUCAGCAGCCAGAGCUCUGGAAACCACCAGCAGAGACAAGGGGAGCUGGAUGACAUUGACCUGGAGGAGAGCUGCUGCUCCUCCUCGGAUACCAAACCUCGCCAUCAUCGCUUCAGCAAGCGCAGGAAGGUGGAGGGGUCGGACUGCUGCCCGCCGCAGAACUGCCGUCUGUCCUGGGCCUCGGCCCGGGGGACGCAGCCCUACCCGGAGCAGAAACACCCGGCCGGGCGGCAGCAGCUGGCCGCGGCCAACAAGACCAAGGUCGCCCAGAUGCGGGAGAAGCGCUUCACCUUCGUGCUGGCGGUGGUGAUGGGGGUGUUUGUACUCUGCUGGUUCCCCUUCUUCUUUACCUACAGCCUCCAUGCCAUCUGCAGAGACCGCUGCUACAUCCCCGGUGCACUUUUCAAUCUUUUCUUUUGGAUUGGCUACUGCAACAGCUCUGUGAACCCCAUCAUUUACACUAUUUUCAAUAGGGAUUUCAGGAAAGCUUUUAAGAAAAUCAUAUGCAGAACUUCUAAACGCACAUAAGUUUUUUUUUUUUGUUCUGUCUCACCUUCUCAUAAGGACUGGAUUAGAAAUGUAUUAUUGUAACUCAGCUGCUCAAUGUUCUGCCUCCCUCAUCGUUUAAUGUAAUUAUUAUCAUUGUGAAAAUAAUACAGUGUUGUGUAUGCAUUUAAUUGUUAAUGAAUAAAUUUCACAAGGAACAGUAAAACACAACAACCAUAUUUUUGUCCAGCGUAUAGCUCAAAACC